CCUCUCACCAGUCUCCGAUGGAUUGCCACCUUAACGCGGUGGAGCUGUUUGUGUGUCCCUAUGACCCUGAGAGCUUAGUCAGCUGGAGUCUUGAACUCCUGGUAGGGCUUCCCAUGCUGAAAAGGUCAAAGGGUAGGGUCCAGACGAAGAGCAAUCCUAUGUAUGAGUUACAACAAGUUGUCAAGAGGAAGAAAAAACGUUUAAAGUUCCAAAAGAUACAAAUGUCAACACAUUAAGUUCUGGAAAGAAUUAAAAGCGAAAAACAUUUAUGAAACAAACACAAAUCAAAGUUCAAGUACCAAAAAAAGAGAAAAAGUUCAAGAACAACAUCUGUCAUCAAGUUACACAUUAAGUAAAUGUUAUGUUAAGUUGAGUUAAAUCGUAGUUUUUUACCAUAGCGGAAAGAACAGAUUCAGGUAAAUGCUUGUGAAAGACAGGAGAACAAAAGAAACUUACAACAUUAUUUACACAACAUGAGAUUUUCAAGUUCGAAAUCAAAGAAAGAAACAUUUCAAAGAAUAUGAAAGUUUAAUUUCCAAAAAAAAUUCCGGGGAUAUGUCAUCGUGUAUGUGGAAAACUAUCAAAAGAGUUUUUAAUACUGGCUCUCUAUCAACUCUCUGGGUCUACUAGGUUUUGACGACCGCCAUAUAAAGUAGACAUAUACCGACCUUCUUAGAGGUCAUGAUGUCAUGAUAUUCUAAAUAUGCUUAAGUGCAUUUUCUUUGCUUGCGAAAAAUAAAGUGCGUGAUACUUCGGUUUCAAGUCAAAAAGUUGUCAUUAAAAAUAAGCAUUUUUAUCUAAUUGCACCAUAUCGGCAUUGGUGUCAAGUUGGAAACGCGGUUUCGUAGAAUCUUAUCGAAAAAAAAGUAGAUUCUCUAUAUUUUCCGAUGUAUAUUUUUUUGCGAUUGUAGAAUUUGAGAUUAAGGGGGUUACCCUUUAGUUGCCGUAACAAGACGACCAAUCAAAGUUUAUCAAAUAAAACACGUGACCAUUCUCAUGAUAUAAAAUCCGCUUCAACACCAUGUUUUUCGUACUUGGACUUGCGUUUGUUUCUUGUUUCUUGCCCGUAAUUUCCAUCCUUACGGUUUUUGUAUCUGGUUCCAUGCAGAAAGCUUGCCGACGGUUUGAAAAGGUUCUUCUUAGAAUCUUGAACGAAUUUACUUCGGAAGAGAGGUCGGAAUUCUUUUUUUAUUGCAAAAAAAGUUUUCCCAUAUCUUCUGAAGACGAAAAGAAACAAAUGUUGGCAUUAUUUCGCGAUUUACAAGAAAAUCAUAUAAUUUCACCCAGCAACGUGUCCUUCAUGAAGGAAUUUACUGACACAAUUUACCGAUUGGAUCUGACAAAUAUUCUAAUGGAGUAUGAAUCAGAAGUUGAAGUUGCAAUGAUCCUCGAAGAGUAUGCUGAUAUCCGAGACGGAAAUCCAAAUCUCGAUCGUCAAGAAUUGUCCGCAACACAGGCCAUAUCCAAAGAUUUGUCCCGAAAUUUUAGAGAUGGUCAACUGCUGACAGACAUGGCAAAACUCACAAGAAGUAGAAGCAUCGAAGAAGCUGUGAACAUGCACACAAACAGGAUCUUGGUCCAGGGAGAGAUGUGUUGGCCAUCCGUUCUUGAGAUUCUGGGAUUCAGCUCUGAAUUAGCGUACAGACGAAUGUGUUUUCAUCCCGGACCGUCAAAGUUUCAUCGAUGGCUGUCUGACAUCGACGCUAUUUUUCCGGUAUUGCGGGAGACGAUAGUACCUUGGAUGGCUCAGAAUGGAGGCGCUGCUGGUUGUGCCAAAUUUAUUGGAAGGCAAGAUCCAAAAAACUUAGCAAGGGAUAAAGAAAUAGAAGCCCUGAUUACAGAGUUCACUCAACAGUACACCCAUUAAUCAGCUGACCACUGCCUGUUCAAGCCCCCUCUUACUCCCAAAAAAAGAAAGAAAAACAUUAAAACACAAAAAAAGAGAAAAAUAUCACAAAACAAAACAAAAAUGGAAAAAAACAAAACAAAAUGAUAAAAAAAGGAAAAGGAAUCUACUAUUGAAAAUGAUGAAAAGGAAAAGCUUAAAGAAGAAUUGUGGAUUGCUCUUACAUGUAAUAUUGAAAAAUCAGAUUGUACAAGAUACUGUAUGAAAAUUGGAGUUCAAGACAAAAGUUCAAGUACACAGCUCAACUAUUGAAAUUCGUGAAAACAAAGUCUACAUAUGCUGCUAUUAUUACUAUUGAAAAUUUACUGAGUAUUUUAUGGAAAUCAAGAAAAUGAGUCAUGUUCAAAAACUUUAAAUAAUGAAUCCAAGAAAUCGUGCAUGUACAAAACAUUACAUAUAAAAACAGAAUGAAGUUCAAAAAAGCAAACAGAAAAAAAGGUGAAGUGAGAAUGAAAGAAACUCAAGCAAUUUGAAAGUCCAUUAAAAAAAAAAGAAAAGUUCAAGUAACAAAUGAAAACUACAAGUUCCAAAAGAUUAAAACAAAAGUUCAAAGUACCAAACUAUAAUGCAGAAAGCAAAAGUUCAAGUACAAAAACAAAGAUAUCAAUCAAGUUCAAGUUCAACAAACGUCCAAGUACCAAAAAGAUUAUGAAAACAAAAGUCCAAGUUCCAAAGAAACAAACUUUCGAAAAGAAAUUAAAACCUUUUCCAAAAGCAAAAAAAAAAUCUAAAAAAAUAAUACAUUAGAGGCAAGAGGGGAAAGUAAUACUUUGUGUAAAAUUGCAACAGUUAAUAGAAUAAUCUGUUAAUUGUUAUAAUUUAAUUUCACUUAUUCAAAAUAUUUUUUUGACACCAUUAGAGUGAACAAACUAAAUCUGUGAAAUUGUGCUCACUGAAUUGAAUCAUUACAGUAGGUGAAUGGUCUGAACCCAYGUGUAAACGACUCAUGGUACAAGAAGUCUUGAAAAUGAGUAAAGGUUAUCUAUUUYGACAUUGUGUGUGGAAGUCAUCUUCGGAGUGAAGAUAACUUCCACUGUCAUGUAACGUUUCACAGUCUUUCCCGAGACUUCUUGCUCCAAGAAACUCAUGACUGCCUAUACAUUAAAUCAUAACCAUGGAUCUCACUCGGCCAUCACUAUAAAAAAUACACCGAUCAAUUUUAAUGCAGAAUUUCAUGGAUUAAGUAUUUUCACUCUGAGCUUACAAUUGUUUGUUUCUGUACUUCAGAAAUUUUUAGAUAAUAAUGAUUUAAUCAGUUAGAUCAGCACAGCCAAAAUACAGCCAAAAUAAGUAGUGCUAUAGCUUAUAUAAUGUUCAGUGUUAAUAAAUAUGCAUGUCAUAGAAAUCAUAAGAGGGGGGACAUAAGGCAUUUAAUAGUACUUUCAUUUUAAAAUGUGGUAUUAGAAAUAAUACCUCUGUGUGGACCGACUCAAAAAAUAGCAGCCAAAUUUAAAUAAUAAUUGCUGAAAAGUGAAUAGCUAAUUCUCAACCAAUGAAAAAGCUUUUGCAUGGCUUACAUACAGCCAAACCAAAAYAAUUGUGUUGGGAUUGCUUUAUGGUAGCUAUAAGAGUAUCAAUAUUUUAACACUUCAUAAAUCUUAUUACGGGAUAUGCUAAUGAGGAGAGCGAUUCUCACUUUAGCAUUGAUUGAUUGUAACUUUGCUACAGUUAGGCAUACCACAUUGAUGUCAUACAGCUAGACUAUUUUUUGAGUCAGUCUAUGAAUCCUGGAUUUUACCACUGGCCAAGAAGAAUUUUGACAAGAUUGUUCCCUCCUAAUGUUUUUGUGUCAUUUUCAUUGACUAAGACUUUAGUGUGAUUUACCAAGGCUUUCACUUUAUAAUCUGUAGUAAUAAAUGUAAUGAUUGUACACUUUUCACAUAUUUUAAUCCAAUAAAUACAAAAGACCACAAAG